CUCUUAUACUUUACAUUCUGCAUUUACAAAGUAUAUAGAAUAAAAAGAGACACAUAUGGUUUGUCUGUAAAGGCUUGUGUCUUUUUUUUGUAGCCCUGUAGACUAUGAUUAAAAUAGCGACAAUUGUGAUUACCUGUGCUCAUUUAUUUUCUCUAUUUCUCUAUCUUUUUUAUUUAUUUUUUUAUUGAUGAACAGAGGUCGAUCAAUAUUGAUUAGAUCUUGCCCCAUCGUCCAGCGAUCUCCCUUUUUAUUACGUAGACAUGUAUCGAACACAACAACAAUAGCUUCUAUUAACAACAACAAACCACGCCUGUUUCGGAAAGUGCUUCAAGGUGCAGGACUGUUUACCUUGGUUACUGCGAGCACAGUAGGCAUCGGUGGCACUGCUCUUUACCAGACAAACGAUCAGUUUCGGCAUGUCGUCACUGCGUUGGAACGCUGCAGUAUAGCAGGUGCAGUAGGAGCACAAGUAGCCUAUGACUAUCACCGCACACUUUCAAAGAACUAUGAGUCUGAAGCAGAAUUGGAGUCUGCCAAAAAGCAAUGCCAUCAGCGCUCAGCCGAAAGAGUGCUAGCAGCCAUUCAACGACUGGGCGGCAUCUAUGUAAAGCUCGGUCAGCAUAUCUCAGUCAUGCAGUAUCUCUUGCCAAACGAGUGGUGUCAAACAAUGGCUGUGUUACAGGAUCGUUGUGAUGCUACACCUCCUGAAGAUAUCAAGGCACUCUUUAUUUCAGACUAUGGGUUACCUGUUGAAGAUAUAUUUGAAGAAUUUGACUGGUCACCCAUUGGUGUUGCCUCACUGGCACAAGUACAUCGAGCAAAGCUCAAAAAAGAGGUCAUGGAAGAACAAGGACUUGGAGAGAACGACGAUGAUGAUCGAUGGGUAGCCGUAAAACUUCAACAUCCCUACUUGGACGAUUACUGUCAAAUCGAUAUGGAAACAGUCUCAUUCAUUCUUGAGAUUGUAAAAAAAGUAUUCCCUGACUUUGGGUUCGGUUGGUUGGCAGAUGAGAUGAGAGAGUCUCUGCCAAAGGAGUUAGAUUUUGUUCAUGAAGCGAAAAAUUCACAGCGAGUUCAAGAUAAUUUCUUUCAAGAUUGCUUACAGAAACGAUUCGCUCUUGUUGUUCCUAAAGUGAUUUGGGCAAAGAGGAGAAUUAUGUGCAUGGAGUUUAUUGUAGGGUCUAGGAUUGAUGAUCUGGAGUAUAUGAAGCAACAUCAAAUUGAUCCUAAAGAGGUAUCAGAAGAGUUGACCCGUGUAUUUUCUGAAAUGAUAUUUAUUCAUGGAUUUGUUCACUGUGAUCCACAUCCUGGAAAUGUGUUUGUUAGACCAUCCAAGUAUCCAAAGCGCUCCAAGUACAAUUUUGAUCUUGUCUUGCUCGAUCAUGGCUUAUAUCGAGAACUCAGUCAUGAACUCAGGACAGACUAUGCACAUUUAUGGACAUCGUUAAUCAAGGGAGAUGAAGUAGGCAUUCGCAAGUACUCAUACAAUGUUGCAGGCACAGAAGGAUAUCAGCUAUUUGCAUGUAUGCUCACUGGUAGAGAAUGGGACAAGAUAAAUCAAUCAGAUCUAAGCUCGGUUAGGACAGAGCAAGAAGUGGGCAGACUAUCUGAAGGAGCUAUUGAGAGAUUGGUAGAAGUGGCUGAUAUCCUGGGUAAACUGCCUCGUCCAGUGUUAUUACUUUUAAAAACAAAUGACCUUUUACGUCACGUGGAUGAAAGAUUGAAUGAUACAUAUGAUGAGCGUAAUACUUAUGUGAUCAUGGGCACUUAUUGUGCUAAAGCAGUAUGGCUGGAUACCAAAAAGAUUAUUAUAGACAAAAUAAGAAUGAUGGGAUUUAGAUUUAAUCUUUUGAGUGAAUUAUUUAAAGCUUGGUGGCAAUAUGAGUCUUUAGCUUAUGCCUUGUGGUUUUAUCAAUUUACGACAAAAUGGAUUCAAAAGAUGUCUCUCUUUUUAUUGUAGAAUAAAAUAAUAAAUAAUUUCCCUUUCUCUCUUUUUCUUUUUCUUUUUCUU